AUGGCAGCGGCGGCGCCGCUGCCAGCCAAGCCCUGGGAGCGCAGCGGCGCUGUUCAGGCUACAACAGAUGCUCCUGGAGCCCCCAAGCCUUGGGAGCAGGCGGGCGCUGCAGGUGCAGCUGGUGCCUCAACCGCAAUCGGGCUUACCUCGCAGCAGCCUUCGCGGCCGUGGGAGUCUGCUGGCGCCAGCACCUCUUACAGCGCCAGCCCCUACUCAACCUCGAUGUCGCCCUACGGCGCGGGCGGUGGCCUGACUUCUGCGUACGGCGGCGGCGGCAUGCACGGCGGCGCCUCGUCCAUGUACUCGCGGCCAGGGAUGUACGGCAGCAGCAUGUACGGCGGCGGCUACGGCAGCAGCAUGUAUGGCAGCGGCGGGAUGUACGGCAGCAGCAUGUAUGGCGGCGGCGGCAUGUAUGGCAGCAGUAUGUACGGCAGCGGCUAUGGCGGUGGCAUGUAUGGCGGCAGCAGCAUGUAUGGUGGCGGCGGCAUGUACGGCGGCGGCGGCAUGUAUGGCGGCGGAAUGGGCGGUUACGGCAUGGGCGGCGGGCCACCGACCCCGCCGAGCGCGUGGCAGGCCGCGCUCGUCGCGAUCGGCGGCGUGGUGCACUUUUUUGGGCGCCUGUCGUUCCUGGUGGACGAGAACGCGCACGCGGUGCACUUCUUCGUGUCCGCGCUGCUGCAGCUGCUGGACCGCUUUGGCAGCCUUUACGGCGAGCUCGCUCGGUUCAUACUGCGGGUGGUGUUCCGCCGCAAGCGGCCUCCCAAGGCGAUGCCCGCACCGCCGGGCGUGGCAGGCCAGCCGCCACGGCCGGGGGCGGGUAUGCUUGGUACGCCGGGGCCUUUCGGGCCGGGGGCUGGGUACAUGUCGCAGCGAAGCGCCGCGGCAAACGCGGGCGGCAUGGGCGCUGCCUGGCAGCCGCCAGCGCUGCCGCCGCCAGGGAGCGGUAGCGUGCUUGACGUGCCGGCGGGCCACUGGGACUCGCUGUGGGACGAGUGA